UGAAGUAGAGGAAUUCGUCAGAGAUUAAAUUUUGUGCACGAAUAUGUAUACUAAUGGUCUACAGCACAUGCAUUCAAUGGUUGAACCUGUUAUCAAUCACUAGUCUUCCAUGGGUUCUACAAUAGAAGUUACAGAGGCGUUUUUGUUUAGUAUGUACUCUGUAAAAACUAGUAUUUGAUGGAAACAGAUUCAUCGCAGAUAAAAUAGGAUGUACAGUUAAUAGUCGGAGGUGUACAUAACAAACUUAUCUAAUGUCGGAAGUGAAAUCAUUGUUUAGAAAUACUGAAAGAAAAUCAUUGUACUGUGUGCGUAAUUAAUGCCAGUUGAAGUGCCGUAUGACUUACUAUUAGACACAUCUAAGAUACAUGUAUCAGCCACAUUUUGCAGGUUUCCACAACUUUAAUGCGUUUACUAACCUUUACAUAGCCGUGUGUGGUGUCAAAGAAAAACCCUUCGGGAAAUUCAUUUGAGAAAUGGCAGACGAAGUACUUUUUGAAUUAUUGCAUUCAGAAUUAGUUUCAUACGUUCUAACUAAUUCUGAAAAGGACAAAAAGCAUGGUGAUCUGUCUACAUUAGAGUAUAUAGGGUUUUCUACUGGAUACAGAAUAAUUGAAAGGUUAACUAAAGACUGGCCAAGAUUUAAGGAUGAAUUAGACACCAUGAAAUUUAUAUGUACGGAUUUUUGGUCAUCAAUUAACAAAAAGCAAAUUGACAAUUUGAGAACAAACCAUCAAGGAGUAUAUGUUCUUCAAGAUAAUGCCUUUCGUUUCCUAACGAGGCUCUCGGCAGGUCGGCAGUACCUUGAGAUGGCACCAAAGUAUGUAGCAUUUACGUGUGGCUUGAUUCGUGGUGCCUUGUCCAAUUUGGGGAUUAACAGUAUGGUCACAGCUGAAGUACAGUCCAUGCCAGGAUGUAAAUUUCAUAUUCAAGUUCAAAGAGUUUAGAUUACAAUUUUCCUGAUUGUGGUGGCCAAUUUCGUGAUCACAUUUAGUUGUAUAUAAAAAUACGACCAUUAAUAGCGUGAACUGUUAACUGCUGCAGCAGAUAUGAACCAUAGAUGAAAAAAACUCAUUGGGAAAUAACGAGACUAUGGAUAUGUGAAUGAAUCAUCGUUAUAAUUAUCUCAUGUUCAAAGCGACCAACUUCAGAAUCAUGUAUUGCUAUUCUGGUCUUUUAUUAAUGUAUUAUUUGUAUAUUAUACUUUGGUUAUCAUGUUAUUUAUAUUCAUAUACAGGACUGAAAAAAUUAUUCCUUAUUGAGUAAGAUUUAAAAACUGUAAAGUGUAAAAAAAAAAUAUUCUGUAUCAAAAUAAAAUUUGUUUUUCUUGGUAAAGAUUGUGAAUAUCUAAUAAUUGGUGUUUGAUUAAUGAGACUUGGCCGAAAGUUUUUCAUUCCCAAACAUUUUGAUAGAUUUAAGUGUCUUUUAAGCAAAUAAUAUUUGUAUAAUAAAGUACGGUGUGUAAUUAAAAUGCUGGAGAAUUUAUUAUUCAUGGUAAUUAUUCACAUAAGGUUAUUGUGAUGGAAAACUGUAUUAUUUUAUACAUGUACUUUCUGUGAAUUAAAAUAUUCUUGAAAGCUGUCA